AUGCUCCAACGACAUUUUGACAGGUGGCACCACCAACGCCAAAGCAGUCAAUCCCAUCAACAUGAAUCUUCUUCGACUAACUCCAACAACAACCUCUCUCCAUCCAAUCUCUCUCUUGAAGAAUCCAUUCCCAUGUAUAAAUUCCGAAUUGAAGCUAUUUUUGAUCACGAAUCUGCGAGAGAAGCCUUCCGACUCUAUCUCCAACAAUCAUUGAAUGAAGAACCAUUUCUAUUUUAUGAAGCAGUUGAAAAGUAUCAGAAAACUAGACUCGAUAAAAAUCGAGCAAAUAUGGCCAAUGAAAUUAUGAGCAGUUUCAUUAACGUGAAUUCGAAAUAUGAAUUGAAUUUGUCCAUGACCAUUCGAAAUGAAAUUAUGAAAAACUGGAAACAAAUUUCAGAACAGAAUGAAUUGAAGAUCAUGUCCCAAUCUUCUGGAAAGAUGAAUAAUGGUGCAAUGGAUGAUUUAAUUUCAUGUCCUGUAGAUUUGUUUAGCAAGGCACAAGAUGUGAUUUUUACAGAACUCAAAGAUGACAAUUUUCCUCGAUUUGUCAACUCGGAAAAUUUCAAAAAGUUCGUCAAGAAGGAAAUGAAAAAAUUGAAAUGCAAUGAUCCCAAACAAGUAUUGGAUCAAUUGGGAUCGAUGAAAGUAGUUGUGACCUCUGGCUCGUCCUCUUCUAAUUUGUCGAACAACAACAACAACAACCCAAUUGGUCAAUCGAAUGAACAAGAACGUUCUUCUUCCUCUUCGUCGUCGUCACAUUCUCUUCAUGCCUCAUCUUCAAAUUUAUCAGAUCGAAGCAGUACUAGUAGUAGCAGUGAUGAUGGUGACAAUGUUGAAAUCGAUAUGGGAGCUGUUGAAAUUAAAUUGAAAGAAACAAAAAUUACAGAUCGUCCUCUCAUUGACAAUACUUCACUCUAUGUCAACUCAAAAGAUUAUGCCAUUGUCAAAGAAUUAAUUACUUCCAUUUCUGAUUCUUCGAGAUGGAAGACGAUUGAAGAGAAAAUUGGAAUGAAAACUCUCCAUAGUUCGAAUAAUUAUUAUUUGAAUCGAACCGAUGGAGCAUUACCUCUUGUGUGUUGCUCUGGAUUGGUAUCAGGAAAGCAUAUGGAAUUUUUUGAUUGUUUUCUGUCAAAAUCAAUGGAAGAGAUGGUUUCGAAAGUGUGUAAAAGAAGACUGCAAUUGGAUCACAUCAAACAUGAUUCUGAAAAUAAUAUUGAUUAUUCAAACACAGUGGUUUAUAUGGAAAUUGAUUCACACUUUCCAUUUUCAAAACGAGAAGCAGUUGUGGCUAGAACGAUCAUUCCAGACAUGUAUAAUAAGGAAACAGAUUCUUUUGAUCGAUUGGUGUUCAUUCAAAAACCGUCUGCUCAUGAAGAGGCUGUGGUCAUGAAGGACACUAUUCGAAUUUCGAUUUAUACUGCUUUUGUGGUGGAGAGAAAAACAAAUGACACUCUGAAAUAUUAUACGUUUGAUUGGCUUGAUUUGAAAGGCAAAGUACCAAAGAAACUGCAAGCAGAAUUUGCAAAAAUUGGAGCAACUAUCAUGCACAAAAUGUUGCACAAAAUGGUUAAAAAAGAGAACGCUAAGGAUAAAGAGUCUCGAGUGGUUGUCUCGGCAGAAGGCUCUUUGGAGGUAAUGAAUGAGAAUAUGAAAUUCCUUAAAGAAAAGCUCAACUCCAAAGAGUAA